AUGACAAAACGGAAACGUACUCCAUCCCCAUCUCCUCCACCCCGCAAACGCAUCAUAUUCGAGGUACCUCUGUCGCUAUGGCGGUUUCAAGCAAUAGCGCGGGAACUUGCUCGUCAGUCUGAAGUCCCAGUAGAGCAGAUCAAAGAGCCCAGCGACCCGAAUUCAGGCGACCUGCAGCGUGUUGUUCCCGGCGCGCCACACUUCGACGCGCAAACCUUCCAAACCAAUUCAUUGCGCUUCUCUCCGUAUUCGCAUCAAUCGUUCCUACCGUCGCAACCAUGGCCACAGACUGUCAAGCCAACGUCGGGCUCUUUGGCUUCCAAUCCGGAUGUGGGAGCCUCGGCGGCGCAUGUCAUGUCAAGCAGCGAAGGAGCACCACCACCGCAGGAUGGACAUAAUCGGCAGGUCUCGACAGGACCAGAUGAUCAACUCUUCGACGAGCUGAACGAUGCGCUGCACGCAGAAGAGGGAGACAAUGCACACGACCCAGCUUCGCAAUCACAAUACCUCACAGGCGACAACCGAAUAACCUUCGAUCCGCGCCUGCAGAGUGAUUGGAAUGGCAUGCGCCAGGAGCCAUAUCAACCAUUUACCCAGAACUACCCAGCAAUAAAUCCACAAAUGACCAUCGCCGCCUCACAACCCGCCUUCCCAUCCGCAUUAGCUCAUCACCCGCCUCGCAACAGCUCGAACAACUUCCUCCCAAACUCCACCGCACACCCUGGCCCAGCAACGUUCUGCAACCCCAAACCACCCCCUCCCCCUGCUCCGCCUCAAAACAGUGCACAAGCCAAGCCGAGGAUGCCAGGCUACUACAAGAGCAGCCUGAAACUAUGGUCGCAGGAAGGCCGGAACGCGGCUCCUCCACCACCACCACCUCCUCCUACCAUUCCUCCCUCAGCUCAGGCUACGCAUAACUUCGGAGCUAUGAAUGGUCCCUAUCCACACCUGUCUUAUCCUGCAACACCUACAUAUCCUCCACCACAGCCGCUGGCUUCGACCCCGGUAAACGCCUUCACCAAUUACGGCACGCGAGACGUUUUGGGGCGACUGAAGGAGGAGGAGGGGAGGGUACACAGGCCUCCCGGUGCCGUGAAUGAGGCUGUACAUAAUGUGGGCAGGCAUUUGCAUGGGCUGCUGUUCAACUCGUUAGAGAAACAGAGUCGCGACAUCAUCUCGACUUCUUGGCCUCCCUCUGACUGGCCCUCCUCCCCACCGGCGCCGCCUCUCCUCCUCCUCGCGGAUCUUAACCUUCUCCUUCUCCUCCGCGCGCUCCGCAUACCACUGCCCCGCCUGCAGGAUCAACACCCCCACCAACACCAGCGCCAGGAUGGUAUUGCUCGCACUCAGCACCUUCAGGUUGUCCUCGCGCCCGACCACGCUUUCGCGCGGAUCGUCAUCACGGCCCGCACGGCUCACGUUCUCCAGCUCGCUUCCAUACGUCCCCUGCGUCGCGAUGCGGAGCCCCUUGACGAUGUUGGCGACGUAGACGACGAUGCCGCACAUGUAGAGGACGAGACUGCCGCCGUCGAAGAGCAUGUUGGACUCGGACGGUCUGUAGAGCUUGGUGAUGAGCCCCGCGAGCCCGACGAAGAUCAUCGUGUGCAGGAUCCGCACGAUGAGGGCCGGGGAGGCGUGGAGCAGGCGGAGGUGCGCCUCGGUUUGGGGGAGGUGGGCAGGAUGCCGAGGAAGAAGGCGGUUGCUGCGUGGGACAUGUUAAUCUUGGGUCUUGGGGAGAGAUGGGACCAGGGUGGGUUGGGGCUAUGCAGAGAGGGACCUCGACUUACGGCAGACGAUAAGGAAGGUUGCGAAGGCGAGGGUGGGCAUGAUGCGUGA